AUGGAUUCGGUCCCAAAGUUCAAGCUAAAUACCGGCGCGCAGAUGCCAGCCAUCGGAAUGGGUUGUUGGGCCGGCUUCUCAGAAGAGGAAGCAGAAGGGGCUGUGUCGUGGUUCCUUACCGCCCUGAAGGUGGGCUACAGACAUUUUGACACGGCAUGGAUGUACGGGACGGAGAAGUACCUCGGAGAAGCUAUCCGACAAUCCGGCAUUCCGCGAGAAGAGCUGUGGAUUAAUACGAAGUUGGCAUGGCACCAUCCCGGUCUCAAGACAGUCGAAGAGUCUCUAGCCGAGAGUCUCCGGAAUCUGGGGACUGAUUACGUCGACUCUUAUCUUUUACAUUGGCCCCAGGUAGUCGACUGGCCGUACGGAGUCGGCGCGUUGGAUAUGCUGCGCAAAGCAGCGAAAUUGUUCCAGGAAGGAAAGGAGCCGAUCGCGGUCAGAGACUCGCCGACAUUCAACGAGACGUGGACAGGAAUGGAGGCUGUCUACAGGAAAGGGAAGGCGAGGAACAUUGGCGUGAGCAAUUUCUCUGUGAAGACAUUGGAGAAGCUCUUGGAAACGGCCAAAGUGGUACCUGCAAUUGAUCAAGUCGAGUUGCAUCCGUAUCUCGUUCAGGAAGAUUUAAGAACAUACUGCGACGCAAAAGGCAUCAGACUGGUCGCCUAUACAGCAACAGGGUACAACGCUGUUCUCACGAACCCGUUGAUCGUUGAAUUGGCGGAGAAGUACAAGGCAUCACCAGCGCAAGUAGUGCUCGCGUGGCACCUGGCUCGCGGGGUCAUCGUUGUGCCAAAGAGCGCUGAUCCUCAAAGGCAGAGAGCCAAUCUUAACUUACCCAGUCUGGAGCCGGGGGAUGUGCAACGAAUCAGUGCGCUGGACCGCAACGAGCGCUAUACCAAGGCCGGUCCUACCGGAAAGGCGAAUGGCUGGACGCAUGAACAGCUUGGGUGGUGA